UCCCACUGUAAAUCAAAUAUCUUGUCAAAUUUUCCGGUAUAUUUGCGAAUUUUUACAGACACUAUUUUGUAUAAAAACGGCACCACCAUGUUGCAGAGCAGAAAACCUGUAAAAACCUCAUCAUUUCGAAACUUUAAGUUUCUUUUUCAUUUCAAUGGCUUCGUUUUUUACUCUAACAGUCCUCUCCAUACUUCUCUUCUUUUCAAUCUCCUCCGUCGGUGCUCGUCACCACCAGCGGAAUUCGCCGGAGUCAUCUACGACGCCGUCAAUUGCGGCUAAAAUCCGAGGAGCUUGCAAGGCUUCUCGGGACCCACUAACAUGCGAGUCCGUUUUAAUGGACUCCAGCCACUUGCCGUCUGAGCUGACGACGCCGUUAAUCAUUCAAUCCGCCGUUAAAGUCGUUUCACAAAACAACGCCGAGGCGAUAGACAUGGUGAAUGCAAUCAUGGACGCGUCCGCAGGGAAUCAGAACCUUACGGACUUAGUGAGGAUCGGUAUUGAGGUUCUCGGGUACUCGGAUAAUCGGGUCGGGCAAACGGCUCAGGCAUUGACACGUGGCAAGAUAAAGGACGCACGUGCAUGGAUGAGCGCCGUGAUGAUUUACCAGUACGACUGCUGGUCCGUUGCAAAACGCGUUAACGAAACCUUACAGGUGGACAAAACCAUCUCGUUUUUGAACUCCUUGAUCGGGUACAGCAGCAACGCAUUGGGUAUGCUGGUGAACUACGACAUUUACGGGGCCGAUACCGGGUCAUGGGCCCCGCCCAAAACAGAACGAGACGGGUUUUGGGAAGGUUCGGGUUUAGACGGGUCGGGUCAUGAUGUAAAGGGUGGGGUGCCUUUCGGGUUGAAACCGGAUGUAACAGUGUGCAAGGAAGGAGGCUGUGACUAUAAGACAGUGCAGGAGGCGGUGAAUGCUGCACCAAAUAAUGGGCUGACCCGGAAGUUUGUGAUAUGGAUCAAAUCCGGGUUGUAUGAUGAGAUAGUUCGGGUCCCGUUUGAGAAGAAGAAUGUGGUAUUUUUGGGUGAUGGCAUGGGCAAAACAGUCAUUACAGGUUCCUUGAGUGUUGGUAUUAAUGGGAUCAACACUUAUGAGACUGCAACUGUCGGUAAGUGAUUUAUUGGAUCAGUUUAAUAAUUACAAAUCUUUAUAUGUUUUAAUAACAAAAUUCUUUCUCUCUAUUUUGGACUGUACAAAAGUUGAUUUUUUUAACAUCUCUUUGGAAACAAGCCAAGUAACGGUUGGACAGAAUUGCUCCUAUAGUAGCUAGACUUCUUUUUGUGUGUGUUAUUUUGUAAAAUGAGCGUAAAUUUCUGCAUAAAUAGAAAUAUUUUUUUUUUUAAAACGAUGACUCUUGCUGCUUGGCCACUGAA